AUGCUGCGCCUGGUCGCGACAUCCUCGGUUCCUCGGCUCAGCUCGCGCGGCACGGCGCUGGCUGCGCGCCGCUGCUCUGGGGCGGCGCCGGACGAGCGCUCGCUAUUUGAGCGGCUUCGCGAUUCGAUACGAACACCGCGGGCCGGAGUCCGCUCAGGCCGAAGGCUGGUCGGCACCGACGAUCGUGGCAACCGAUACUUCGUCAUCCCGGCCGCGGUCCGCACGCACGGCGGAGCGGCAGCAGGCGAGGUCCGCGAGGUGGUUUUCCCAGACGACUACGAUACGGCGGAGUACCAUCCCUCGCAUGUACCCGUCGAGUGGCAGCAGUGGCUCUCGAAGCAGGCGCUGGAGCCGCCCUCUGCCGCCGCCCUCGAGGCGCCGUCGGCCUCGCUCGAGCCGGCAGGGGAGCAACAGCAGCCGGCGGUGAGGGAUCGGGAGGCCGCUCUGGCAGAGGAGCGCGCCAUACUGGCGGGCAAGCGGGCGAGGGAGAUGAGAGAUAGCUGGCAGAGAGGGGCGGUCACAAGCAGGCGAGGGGCACGGGAGCUGACAGGGGAGAUGGUCUCCGUGGCGGCGCGGUUGACUGGGCCGUCCUUGACUGAUAUUCGACGAGAGUCGAGCAGGAUGAUUUCGAACGCCUUUGCUCGGAGGACUUGUGUCAAGUUCAUAUGCGCGCGCGGGCGACCGGCCUGA